AUGGCAGCACGAUGUUCUGAUGUUGAUUCUUCGUUGGUCUUCUCCUCUCGAGAACGUUUUCUUGAUGUCUACAACGAACCGAAGAAGAAAAUUCUUUCUCCAAUUAGAAAUUACGAAAAUUUACCACUUGUAUCACUUGAAGAAUCUGUGUCUAAAUUAGAAAACUUCAUCAACGAUCUGAAAAUCGAUGUUUGGGUAGCAAAGCAAAACUCUGAAGAAGAAGUUGACGACGACCAUCUGAAACAUGAUGAACGAGCAUCAAUUCAUCUUUAUACAAUGCACCCAUCUGUCCCACGUCUUCUGAACGAAGCUCUUCGUAUUGAUAAUAGAGAAUGUUUGUUACCAUGGUUUCUUUUCUUCAAACUAUUUCUCACAGCGCUAUGGAAGCUGAAAUCAGUCGAAUAUACAGUUUGGAGAGGAAUGAAAGGCAACUACGGUGCUGACUUACGCAAGGGACAGAAAUUCUUUUGGUGGGGUUUUUCAUCCUGUACUCUUAGUCGUAAAGUUUUCGAAAAAGAGCAAUUCCUUGGAAAUUAUGGUGUCAGAACUCUAUUUAAAAUUGAAUGUACACAUGGAAAAAAUAUAACAAAUUAUUCCUAUUAUGAGAAUGAAGAAGAAGUAUUACUGUUGCCGUGUAGUUAUUUCGAAGUUUUGAAUGUUGGUAUAGAAGAAAAUGAUAUGUGUAUUAUUCAUGUCAAACAACUACCGCCACCAGUUUCGUUGGUAGCGUCACCGGUUCCACUGAUAGAGCCAUCGGUUUCAUUGACAGAGCCGGCAGCUUCGCUGAAAGAGUCAUCAGCCUCCUUGGUAGAUCCAUUAGUUCUAUUGCUAGAGCCAUCGGUUUCACUGGCAGAGCCAUCAGUUUCAUUGACAGAGCCAUCAGUUUCAUUGGCAGAGCCAUCGGUUUCAUUGACGGAGCCAUCAGCCUCCUUGGUAGAUCCAUUAGUUCUAUUGCUAGAGCCAUCAGUUUCGUUGACAGAGCCAACAGCUUCACUGACAGAGCCAGCAGCUUCACUGAAAAAGCCAUCAGCCUCCUUAGUAGAUCCAUUAGUUCUAUUGCUAGAGUCACGGAUUCCAUUGAUAGAGCCAUCUGUUUCAUUGAUAGAGCCACCACUCGCAACUGAUAGUUCAGGGGCGUCGAAGGUAUUUCCUGCACUGUCACAUGAACAACUAAGUCGAAACCAACGGCGUCGACAAAGACAAAAACAAAAAAGGCUGGUCGAAAUUGCUGAUGCGCUAACAACGACAACGAACGAGGCAAAAGAGACUAUUACACCAAAAAUUACAGAGCAGCAAAGUAGCCUAGGAGAAAGUGUUUUGUCGAAAGAACAGAAGACUACAUCCAAACAAAGUGCAAGCAUAAAAUCAAAUAUAUUUCUCGAGACGAAUAAUUUGACCGAUCAAGUUAUGUGCACGGAACCAAAACUUUCAAGUGAAGCAUCGAUGUCCACUAUUUCGAAAUCGCACACAAGAACAACAACAGCAACAAUAAACUUUGAUCGCCUGAACACCAGACCCAGGAAAUCGAUUACUGCUACAGAUUGCCUUCGUAUCGCCACAGACGAUCAGUAUUUUCUUGUUUGCCCAAAGAACAGACUAUGUUUACUUGAUAGAGAGGGAAAUGAACAUUGGAGCAUUAAACGCAACUUUGAUAUUGAUGAUAUCUGCUAUUCAACUUACUUAAAGCAGUUUCUUAUUUUGGCUGAUUACGAUUUAUACUCUUUAGAUGUAGAAAGGUCAACAAAAUUAAGAAUAGAAAUCGCUCAGUUUGCUCGUAACAUGGAUGAAUGUUCGUGUCACGAGAAUUUAUUCUUGGUUAUAAAAGAUUAUGGUGGACACACUAUUGAAGUUUGGGAUAUGGAAUCUAAUUGGAAACUUAAAAAAACAUAUCAGCAGCCAAUUUCCUGUAAAGAAGGACAAGGAAUCUGUACAGUUCGUUUUAGUAGCGAUGGAAAUUAUUUGGGAGUUACUUUAACAGAGCCUUUUACUGGGAAAGCAUUCUUUCAAUUGCGUAACUCAAAAGAUAUGAAAAUACUGACAAAAGUGGAGCUUCCAUUAUAUGAAGGAUAUUGCAAUCAUUAUAUUCUUUCACUUCCAAACAAUGAAUUCUUAGUUUAUAAAUAUUCAGAAAAGUUAAUGUUCUUAAUUGAUUCAAAUGGACAACGUAAAAAAGCUAUUCAGUACACUAAAGGUGUUUGUACAAUGGCAAUAAUCAAUAACUGUUUUGUUAUUCGUACAAAUCGACCAGAUGAACUUCAUUUUUAUGAUCUUUAA